UGGAGCAGAAUUAUUAAUCAGAACCCUGAAAUAGAUCCUUUAAUUUUAUAUUGUCUUCCCAUACCAGGGAAUCCCAUUUUUAAGGAAACGACUCAAGUGAAGCAGGGGAACCCUUUGUAAAGGCAAAUACUCCUCUAGCAUGAUGUGCACAUUAUACUCAGGUCCCACCUAAAAAGAAGUUCCUCAACUACUAUAAAAGGGGUCACCACUUAACAGACCAAAAACCCACCAACUACCUUUAACACUUCUCUAGCUAUCAACACUCAUAAACCACUGCUUUCAGUUUCUUCCUUUUUCUGAAGCUCCAAUUUAUCAGAUAAAAGCAAGAAUGAGUUCUCCAGGGGAUUGGUUGUGUGGUGCAUGCCAACAUGUAAACUUCAAGAAGCGAGAAUCAUGCCAGAAGUGUAGCUUUUCAAAGUACGGAAGCCAGGCUGAUAUCCCAUAUUACAUUGCUAACACAAAGUCUAGUAGGACAGAGGUUUUGGCCGGAGACUGGUACUGCCAGACCAUGAAUUGUGGGGCCCACAAUUAUGCUAGCCGUACAAGCUGCUUCCGCUGUGGAAACCUUAAAUGUGAUUAUGGGACUGUUGGUGUUGGUUAUGGAACUGGUGACAUGAUGAUGGGAGCUGGAGGAUAUAGCUCAGAACAACAACAGCAACAACUCAUGCCAGGGUGGAAGGCUGGAGACUGGAUUUGCAUGAGACCUGGAUGUGGUUUACACAAUUAUGCAUGCAGGAUGGAAUGCUACAAGUGCAGAUUACCAAGAGAUUAUGGUGGAGCAAUGUAAGAGAUAAAUAAUUUUACAGAGGCUUCUAUGAUUUAUUUCAGUUUCUAUUGUAACUUUCUGAAUCAUAGCACCUAUUGGGGAAUUUUUAUUUAAAAAAAAAAAAAAUCCUUCUACUUAUAAGUGUAAUUUUAGUCAUUGUAAGGUGCUAUGAAAGGAUUAAGUAAAGCCCAAAAAGGGUAAUUUUCUGGGUUACAAGUAUAAGUGUAAUUCCUCCUCUUUUGGCUGCUACUUGUUUAAGCAAUGGCUAACAACUCUCACUGAAAAAUAUUCCAUUCUGGGAAUCACUCAAGUCUAAUUUGAUUUUAGGGGUGUGCAUCAUUAUGCUAAUGUGUUUCCCUUUCAAAGGAGCAAUAACUAAUGAGCCCCUUUUGGCAUAAAAUCUUAAAGAGUAGCAGCAUGCAGAUAAGAACUUGAUGCUGCGCUUUAGAGCAUGGGUUAAAAAAAAAAAAGGUCCAAACCUCUGUUGGUCUUCUGACUUCCCAAUGCUAAAUUUGAUGAAUUUCGCAUAUCCCCUAACUUUAUUCCAUAUACAA